UCAUCAAAAAUCGCCGUAAAUUUUACACGAGAUUUGAAGAGGAAUAAGUGCGUUUCGUCAGUGAGUAAAUAAAGUUUAUUAAAUACAUACGAAUUUCUGUUGGUUAUUAUCAGCUGACCUGUAAGAUAACAUUUUUGUCAAUAUUACAAUUAACUGGAUAAGUGCAGAGUGUUGAACAGACCCAUUAUCUGGAUAAAUUGAAGCUCGUUGCUGACUGUCUUCCUGAGUUUGUCAGAAGACUCCAUCGGUGAAAUGUGUCAGGUGGACGAAGACUUUCAGGGUCAGCUGGAGCACACGGAAGUGCCCAGUAUUUCCAAGAAAUGUGUAAAAUGCAAAGAAAAGACGGCAGUUGUGGUUAUCAGAGCAGGAGACACAUACUGCAGGGACUGUUUCAGGGAAUACUUCAUCCACAAGUUCAGGGCCAUGCUCGGCAAAAACAGGAUAAUUUUUCCUGGAGAGAAGGUGCUGCUGGCUGUAUCUGGAGGCCCAUCCUCCUGCUCAAUGCUCAGUCAAGUCCAAGAGGGCUUGAGUCAGAAUGCACACAAGAAGUUGAGGUUUAUUCCAGGCAUAGUAUACAUCGAUGAGGGUGCUGCUGCAGGUCGGUCUGUAGACGACAGGAAGACAGCGAUGGCUCAGAUGCAGACACUGUUUGAAGCGACUGGUUUUCCAUUCCACCUUGUGCCUUUGGAACAGGUUCUGGACCUUUCACCGUCAGUUUUGGUCAUGGCCCCCUCCCCCUCCGAGCAACCGGGCAGUGCUUAUAAAGCAGCUGUGGAUCAGUUCAUUCAGUCUAAGGGCCACUGGCCUCCCAGACCACAGGACCAGGACCAGGACCAGGACCUGGACCAGGCCUCUCUGCCAGACAUCCAAGAAUCGCACACACAGCUACUGCAGCAGCUGAUGAGUUCUACAAAGACACAGACAGCCAGAGAAGAGCUGCUCAGUAUGCUAAGGCAGCAUCUGCUGGUGCACACAGCUCGUACCAAAGGCUACAGUAAGCUGAUGCUUGGAGACUGCUGCUCCAGACUGGCUGUUAAACUGCUGAGCAGCAUUGCACUGGGCCGAGGGGCACAGCUGGCCCAGGACACGGGUUUUUCAGACUCUCGUUAUGGGGACAUAAUAACAGUGCGGCCAAUGAGGGACUACUCAUCUAAAGAAAUAGUGUUCUACAACCAUAUGUUCAAAGUGCCUUCGAUUUUCAUCCCGGGCUUAGACACCAUGACUGCAGACAAGUCCAGUAUCCAGCGACUGACUGAGAGUUUUGUGACCAAAUUGCAGGCUGACUUCCCCUCCACAGUCAGCACCAUCUACAGAACUAGUGAGAAGCUGCAGACGGCGUGGAAGGGUUCAUGUGCUGCUGAUGUCUGUGACACAUGUCUGCUGUGCCUUUGUGCUCUGGACACUACUGUGGAGAAUGCAUCAGCUUUCCAGGCCACACUGAUCUCAGAGCAGCUGUCCCAAACUAAACCUCCAGAAACCAGUAGUGCCAUAAAUCCCAAUCUAAACCCAGUCCAAUCAAAUCCAGGUUCGGCUCUAGCUACAACCACUGGACAGUGCUGCUCUGGAGAAGGGGAAUGUGGAAAAAAAGGAGGAGGUUGCUGCUCUUCUCCCAGAGUACCAGAGACAACAGACAUGAGGAGCCUGUUAUGCUACAGCUGUCGGCAAACCGUUAAAGACAUGUCAUCAGUGGAUCAUCUGCCUGCAUACAUCCUGUUAGAAGCCCAGAGGAGGAACAGGAGGUCUCAGAUGAGAGAGCAGAUCAGCGAGUUCAUCCUGGAUGAGGGUGUUUAGAGAGCUACAGGCCCCAGCAUCCCAUCCUCUGCAUCCCAACAGGAGGGGACAUGGUUAAUGUCACUGCUUUACAGACUGUAGAAAAACCACCCAUGUUGAAUUGAUGUGAUGCUCCUGCUUUAACUCAAGCCUGAACUGCGUCUUUGAAUUCUGAGGAUAUUCAAUUGUGUUGGACUACAGAUCAGAAAAACAGAAAUAAAAAUGUAAUGAACUGGA